AUGGCCGAUGAGCAUACCUACAACUUUGACAUCACCAUGAGCUGCGGCGGCUGCUCUGGUGCCGUUGAUCGCGUGCUCAAGAAGCUUGAGGGCGUCAGGAGCUACGAGGUUUCUCUCGAGAACCAGAACGCGACCGUCGUCGCCGAACCCGACCUCAAGUACGCCACCGUCCUCAAGACCAUUGCCAAGACGGGCAAGAAGAUCACCAAGGGUGUCGCCGACGGCGUCGAGCAGAGCAUUGAGGUCCCCGUCGAGGCGUGA